UUUUGCCGUAAAGGUAAAUCGACAUGUGACAGACAGGUCCAAGGCGCAGGCGUCUGGUUGCCGUGGGCGGACCGCCUGUUAAUAACCCACUCAGAUUUAUAGAAAGAAUCAUAUAUUUUGUUCUGUGGACUACAUGGAUAACGAUUUAUUUAUUUCAGACAAAGGACGGGUGCGCUUUAGAUAACUUUGCCUAGGUGGCAAUUGUGCGGCUCAUUCACAAUGAGUUUGAAUCGAUUUUUAAGCAGUGACCAGAUCACUGGUCUCUCGACUGUGUACUUGGUAUCUCUGUCUAUAAGUUUGAUUGGGAGUUUUUCAGUGCUUGUGGUUUCCAUUGUAAAGAGGAGCCACCUACAAGAACAGGUGAAUCCCCUGGUCCAGCUGGCUCUAGCUGAUCUGUUGGCAGCAGUUACCCUGAUGUUCACCAGCGCAAUGAAUGAAACACACACCUUCACCCCCAGUGUGUUCAUCUGUGAAAAACUACUGCCUCUGUCACUGUGUGUGUGUGUGUGUGUGUGUUUGUGUUCUCUGUUCCAGAUGUUUUACUUUGUGUCGUUCCUCCUGAUGGUAGUGUAUGCCUGGGAAUCAAAGCAUGCAGUUGAGGGAUGGAGGGAGAGACCAAGAGAGGAAGAGUCCCGGUGUAGACAAAGGGUGGGGGUUGUGCCUGUAUAUGCUUGUGUGUGGUUUAUACCAUUGGUGAUGUACUUUGUGUACGUGAUGACUUUAGUCCUGGUACCACCCAGCCACAUGACGGCAAACAACAGUGAAGCUAGCACAUACUGCAACAGCUGUAUCCUCUUCCUGCAUAUCUGGAGGGACAACUGCUCAGAUAUAGAACAUAUCCAUGAUAUCUUCAUACAAUGCUUCCUCUUUGUCAGUGUGAUACCCGUUUUGGUGUGCUGCACAGUGGUUUACUACAAGGUGGGCAGCUGGUAUCGCAGGUAUGAGGAGGAGGGACUAUUUCCUGUGGAAGGAGAUGCACGUUCCAGGAAACGGCUGAGGGGUAUGUUCUCCACUGCUCGCUACAUGAUGGUGGUCAUCAUCUUCUGCUGGACGCCAGCUCUUGUUCUGGUUGUCCUGUCUGUGAUACCAGACAUACCUCAAGUAAAUCUCUUCCCCCUGUAUAUUAUACAGGCGGUGACGUUGUCUCUGCAGGGCUGUCUGAACAGCGUGGUCUAUGCCUGGAGACGACCAAACUUCAGAGACGCUGUGCUCGGAGAGAGGAUGCCCCUGCUCAGCCAAGACGCCCCUCUGCCCUUCUUUGACGAAUCACUGAGGGGGCCACUUGGACCCUUAACCUCUAACUCCUGACUCUAGAGAAGCUGCUAUGCUGCGGGUGGAAUUCUCUCUCUGGCACAGAAACAGUUUACCCUCCUCAAAUACUAACCUUUACCACUGAGGGAAGCAAUGCAACACUGACCUCAGAUCAGCAUCUGGGGAUAACUUCAUUCUACUACUCCCACUGGGAUGGUUGUCCGGAACCAAGACAAUGGUGUACUAUGGACAUAGGGGUCGACUCAGACUCAGGAAAUGUAUGCCUUUCCUACGCACGUCUUUCCUAUGCACUUCUCAGUAGUUGGUAUUCAGACUUUCCUUAUGCAGACGUGUAACGGGCUUUGCAGGCGUGGUUUCCUUGUAAAUAAAUAAGUACAUUUCAUAGAAGAGCUGAAAAUCCUCCUACUUGCUGGCCAACAGACUUUCUCAUCGAGUUUUCAUUCAAUAGAGUUUUCUGUACAUUUAUCUUAAGCCAUCCCUUUAAAUACGGUGUACCUUUACUUCGAAUUUGGUCGACAGACUCACUAGAAUACAUCGAGAGAAAAGCUUCAGAAUAUUAGAGAUCAAUGGAAGGAAGCCAUCUAAAUAUAUGCAUAUUUGUUACAGUUUCAGCACCAACUGGUUAAAAAAUAUUCUGGUAGAUUAUUUAGGCAAAUAUUAGGGUUAGGAAGGUAUGUAUGACAUAAACUGGUUUGGUGAGCCUUUACGCACAAAAUAUAAUAUAUAGAUUUUUUUAUUUUUUUAUUUCAGCUUUAUUUAACCAGGUAGGCUAGUUGAGAACAAGUUCUCAUUUACAUCUGCGACCUGGCCAAGAUAAAGCAAAGCAGUGCGACACAAACAACAACACAGAGUUACACAUGGAAUAAACAAACAUGCAGUCAAUAAUACAAUAGAAAUAAAUAAGAAAUACAGUGCUUUGAUUCAUCCUGAAAGUUGCCAUAUUCAAAUUCAAUCCAUAAAAUAUUGGAAGGCGAAAAAAACUGUACAAUAGGGUUUGAACAAUAGGCUAGUCCGAUAAAUCAACCAUAAUCCUUACUAAUAAUUGAACUGUAAUGACAACCGUCCAGUCAUUGUGAACUGUGCGCCAGGCUCCAGGGUUAACCUGCUACGUGUGGUCUGAGUUCCUUAAUGAUUCAAAUAGGCUACAUGUCCCAAAUUAUUGUGCAACGUUCGCCUAUUGAUCCACUACUGGAAGAUACUGUCUCCACCUCACCACUGAAGAGACUGGAAUAACACCUUUACUCACAGAGUUCACCUGGUAUUCUACAUAAAAGGCUACGUUAAGUGGUAUGUCACAAGACACUAUUUGCAAUUCAGAAUUUUCCUGGACCUCAAAACGUGUGUUUGAAUGUGAUUUCUGUAGCACCAUUUUUUUGUGUUAUUUAAUAGAAUCUUCAAUGAUAUAUUCCUUUUUUAGUACAAUGCUAUUUCAGUAAGAUGAGAUGAGGUGAUUAUUUUGAUGAGUUGUAGAGCCAGAUGGGCCAGAGCACAACAUGACAUGACAAUGACCAUCGUUUGAUUGAUUGAUUUGAUUAAUUGAAUAUGGUUUAUGAAGCGCUUCCUUACGGUGUGGGGAUUUCCCACUUUCCAGUAGAUAGCUAGAGCAACUGUCAGUGAUUGUGUACAAUAUAGCAAGCAAUAUAGCUAGCAACCAUAGCAAGCUAUCAUUUGUACACAUUCAAUGUUUUUUUGAUCAGGUUAUAUAGUAUCACCCUAUGAACAAAAUGUAUUAAGAUCAGGGGUAUCAUUUUUAUUCUGUCAUUUGACAUGUGUAUAGACUAAAGACGAAAAAGCACUCAAGGACGAAAUGUACUGUACUGUAUUUUAGCAUGUAGAUGUUCUUUGGUAGGCAUUAAAAUCACAGGAGAACAUUUCCCUCGUAUGUUUAUGUUGUUAUGAUGUUUUAUUUGUGCAAUAAAUGGCCUCUUACCCAGUCCCAUUUUAACUGACAUUCUCCUACUCUAAUUUGUUGUAAGCUCAGAACAAAAUGGUUUAGUCCUAUGGUGACCUUGUUUCAAUAAAGACUUCAGACAUGUUU